CCCUUUCUCAGUCUCUCCAUUUUGAGUCAGAAUGGCCCACGUACUUUGCACCCACACAGAGACUCAUCCCAUUGAAACUAUUCCCGGUUUCAGUUUGGGAUCCUUCUGGAGGGAGGCCUUAGUCACAGGCGUGCAAUACAGACCUGUGUCCUCCAGAGUCCGCUGUGCUUCGCCCAGCUCAGCCCCCGAGCUUUCUCAAACCUGAAGCGUCUGCAACACUUUGCAAGGACACCGAAGACAGGGCACGUCAGCGCUCCGACUUCCUCCUUACGCCGCCUCUGAUUGGCUGCUGGGCGUAUAAGAAACGGUGAAUGAGCGGCUGACCCUUGCAGAAACUUGCUGGAGGUCUCCGGGUGGCGUAUACCUUUCCUCCCUCGUCCAUCCGCGGGCAAGCCGAGCCGGGGGAGGAUGAGGUCGUCCUGUGUCCUGCUCACCGCCCUGGUGGCGCUGGCCGCCUAUUACAUCUACAUCCCCCUGCCCAGCUCCGUGUCCGAUCCCUGGAAGCUGAUGCUGCUGGACGCGACUUUCCGGAGCGCACAGCAAGUGAGCAACCUGAUCCACUACCUGGGCCUGAGCCAUCAUCUGCUCGCACUGAAUUUUAUCAUCGUUUCUUUUGGCAAGAAAAGCGCCUGGUCGUCUCCUCAGGUGAAGGUGACCGAUACUGACUUUGAUGGUGUGGAGGUCAGAGUGUUUGAGGGCUCCCCAAAGCCAGAAGAGCCUUUGAAACGCAGCGUUGUUUACAUCCAUGGAGGAGGCUGGGCUUUAGCCAGUGCAAAAAUCAGGUAUUAUGAUGAACUGUGCACAGCAAUGGCUGAAGAAUUGAAUGCUGUCAUUGUCUCCAUUGAAUACAGGCUAGUUCCAAAGGUUUAUUUUCCUGCACAAAUUCAUGAUGUUGUACGUGCCACGAAGUAUUUUCUGCAGCCAGAAGUCUUACACAAGUAUUCGGUUGACCCGGGCAGAAUUGGCAUUUCUGGUGACAGUGCUGGUGGGAAUUUGGCCGCUGCUCUGGGCCAACAGUUUACUCAAGAUGCCAACCUCAAAAACAAGCUCAAAGUGCAAGCUUUAAUUUAUCCAGUUCUUCAAGCUUUAGAUUUCAACACGCCCUCUUACCAGCAAAAUGUGAACACCCCAAUCCUGCCCCGCUACGUCAUGGUGAAGUACUGGGUGGACUACUUCAAAGGCGACUAUGACUUUGUCCAGGCGAUGAUUGUUAACAACCACACUUCGAUGGACGUGGAAGAGGCAGUUGCCCUCAGGGCCCGUCUAAACUGGACGUCCCUCUUGCCUGCAUCCAUCACAAAGGGCUACAAGCCUGUGGUGCAGACCACCGGCAACGCCAGGAUUCUGAGGGAGAUCCCUCAGCUGUUGGAUGCUCGCUCGGCCCCUCUCAUUGCAGACCAGGAAGUCCUCCGGCACCUCCCGAAGACCUAUAUUCUGACGUGUGAGCAUGAUGUCCUAAGAGACGAUGGGAUCAUGUAUGCAAAGCGUCUGGAGAGCGCAGGUGUGGAGGUGACCCUGGAUCACUUUGAGGAUGGCUUCCAUGGAUGCAUGAUUUUCACCAGCUGGCCCACCAACUUCUCAGUGGGAAUCCGGACUAGGAAUAGUUACAUCAAGUGGCUGGAUCAAAACCUGUGAAAGAGGAAAACUUCCAGAAUCUUGACCUCCUGCACCUGCUUUGGAAAGAGAUGCACUUUUUAGUUGAUUACUUUCCCCUUGUUACUUGUGAGUUAUGGCAUCUCCAUUCCCUGCAGACUUUAUGUUAAUUUAAUUUUUGAAAAAUGUGUUUGACUAACGUAAGUACAAAAUGUCUAAAUCUGGUUCUCCAAGUGGACCAGUCUUUCUGUUCUUGUUUGUUUUUUUGUGUUUUGUUUUGUUUUGUUUUGUUUUUAGCCAAAUUACCACCAAUACUCACGGCUACAGAAAGCAGGACUAGGAGCUGAAAUAGCUUUGCGUUCUGUCUUCAUCAAGGAAUUCUUUCCAGAAGAAAUUCUUCCAGCUGUGGGUGGCGUAUGUGGGCUCUUCUUUAGCUUGUAGAGUUUACUUUACAUUCAGAGCAGUGUUACUUGUGUGCACAUUAAGGUCAGUGCUAGAUACCAAGCGCCCUCUGUGCUUUAUGGAUAGAUGGUUUUGUUUCCUAUGGGAAUUUCAACAAAGGUGUUCUAGCAAGGACAAAUUUCUCAAAUAACUUUCUUCCUUUAGAGUGUUAAUUUUAUGGGAUAGCUCUCUGUAAGUCCAGUUGGAUGAUGACGAUACUUGAAGGUUACUUUCUACCACUAUUAUUAGAAAAUAUACGAUUGCAUGUAGUGGAUAUCUGUACAUUGUAAAGUUUUUUGGUUAUGCUGUCUCCAUAGGGGAGAUCUUUUGGGAGCAAAUUCAUUUAGAUUUAGGAUAAAUUUGUCAUUACAGAAACAAGUGAAAACAGACAAAUGAACUAACUUAUUUAUUUUCAUAAUGAAUACUUCUGACAUAAAUUACCAAGAGCAGUGUGUAUAUUUUUGGCAUAGUCAGAAAAGAAGAUACAUUUAAUAUUGAAAUUAUGAAAAAAUACCUUUAGAAGGUCUAGUUUAUUCUUGAAAACUCAACUUUUUCACUUACAUGGCUUUAAAAUGGGGCUAUUUUGGUAUAUAUAUAUAUAAUGCCACAUAUAUAUGGUAUUAUAUAUAUAUAUUUGGUAUAUAUAUAUAUAACCAUAUAUAUAUAUGAAAUGUAUUGUUUAUUUUUUUAAGUUAUUUAAUGUUAAUAUAUACAGCUCGACUUAAGAUUUUUCAGAAUAACAUCUAUGAUGAAUACUAAAAAUAACGAUAUUUUUUAAGAAACUACCUUAGAAUUAUAUCCACAUGUAAUUUUAUGGAAAGAGGUAAAGUAGCUAUUAAUACUACUGUACAUUAGGCUUAAAUAUUUUGAUGUCUAUAUGCAUAUACAAAUUAAAGUAAUUAGAAACUGUGA